AUGCCUAAUUUCUUUGGAGGCGUUACUGGAAGAGGUGUUUCGACACUUUUCGAGAUACGUCUUGACGAGGAAAUCAUCGUACUUCGAGGAGGUGAAAAUGAAGCAUCGAGUCAAUUGCUCAAGGGAUCAGUAGUUUUAUGCCUGCCAGCUGCUCUGAAGGUAGAAGAUGUACAUCUUCGUAUGACUGGACAAUUGAAAGUUGGGUGGAAUGAUCAGCGAGUCACACCUACCGGUAUUUCGAAUAAUCGAGUCGAUAGAACUACUGAGAUUUUCAGUCAUAGAUGGGCGCCGUUUGUGGGUGGAGCAGGGCCUGGUUCUUCCUCAAAGGGAUUACUUUUACCAGCAGGAAAUUAUGAGUGGCCAUUCGAACUCGUCAUUCCAGGAUCUAUGUCAGAAAGUGUGGAGGGUUUGAAUGACAGCCACAUUAUCUACAAAUUGAAGGCAACAGUCGCUAGAGGAAAAUUGGCAUACGAUUUACAUGCUUGGAAACCGGUGCGAAUCGUUCGAACUUUGGACCCUUCAGCAUUGGAAUUGGCUCACGCCAUGACAGUUGAGAAUGUUUGGCCAAAUAAAAUCGAAUAUCAACUGGUUAUUCCACAAAAGGCCAUAGUAUUUGGUACUGCAAUCACCAUCGAGAUGAGAUUCACCUCCUUGUUGAAAGGCUUGAAAAUAGGCAAGAUAAAGUGUCAUUUGAUCGAAGUACAAGAAUUUGUUCUCCCAGGAACAUCUACGACUUCGGAUAGAUAUUGGAAAAAUUCCAGAGAUGUGGAUGCUUGGACCUUUGAACUGAAUGAAGAAGAGCAUUAUCAAGAUAUGCUUGACGACAGUGGGCAAGAUGGAUUCAAAAUGACCGAAUUCAUGCCACUGCCAAAAAGAUUGAGCCGAUGCAUACAAGAUGUGGACGUACAUGGUAUCAAAAUUCGCCACAAGGUCAAAUUCAACAUUGCAUUGCACAACCCAGAUGGGCAUAUUUCAGAGCUCCGCGCAACGCUACCAGUGACAAUCUUUAUUUCUCCCAAUAUGCCAUUAACUGCCGAAGGUGCUUUAGUGGACCAGACACCAACAACCAAUACUCAAUCAACUGCAGUAUCAGCACAUGCACCACCUCUUUAUGGAGAGCACGUAUUAGAUCAACUUUACGCCGACAUGGAUCAAUCUGGACUAAUGACCCCUAUGCCACAAUCUGGAAUGAACACUCCGUUCUACGCCCAGUCUCGAGCAGGUUCAUCAGAGAAUCUAUCUGCCUCCCCAGAAUCUCAUCAUCCUGCAGGCGCCGUUCCCCCUGCAGCAUUGUCAUCUAGGCUUCAAAGUUUAAAUACCAAUUUAAAUUCUGGCAGGAAUAGCUUUUUAAGACGAUAUGGAGGAUCUGGAUCCGGAGGAAAUACUCCUCACCAUAACGAUGAUCACCAAGGAAGCUAUUUUGAUUCACACCAUGGUCAUUCCGCUUCUUCAGCAACUGCCAGAAGUAAUCCUCUUAGCAGACGAGGAAGUUUUAACGAGGAUCAUCACCCAGAUGCCACUAGUACCACGAUGAGCAGCGGAUACCAUACUCCUGAACAUUUGGAUUACAAUGAAAUGGGAGAUUUAACCAAAGUUCCUUCCUAUACUACAGCCCUCAAAACCCCUGUAAGAGGAAUGAGUUAUACCGAAGCACUGCCCAAUUACGAAUCUGCCAUCUCAGCACCACCGAGUCCGACAUUACAUGCAAGUAGUGGCUCAAAUACACCGCAUGAGCACCCAUUGGACGGAGGUCAUUCUCAUUCACACUCACACUCAAACUCAAAUUCCCAUUCCCACGCGGAUACGCAUAGACACCACCACGGACCGGGAUUUUUGAGAAGAAACCCAUUCUCCAGCAUGGGAUUCACACCGUUGCAUCCACCAUCACAUGCACAUUCGGGGGAAGCAGAUGAAAGGAGGAGAUUGCACUUGUUACAGCAUAGAGAUAGGGUACAUUAA